AUGGGUCGCAUCAAAAAUCAGUAUAUGAAGCUCCUUGAAGAGAAUCGGCUAUUGCGUAUAAAACUGGAGAAAGUAGCUCAGCAGAGCACAGAUGGGAGAUCCCCUAUGACGUAUAAGGAUGCCCUCUACGCUAAUCAGGGUCAUCUAGGCCUUGGAACUGUGAAAGCUGGGAGAGUCCUCAAGCCUCCGAAGCAGAACCAAAUCAAAACUUUGGUUAUCAAACCGAAUGACCUCCCACACGAAGAAGAACGCAGGAAGGAGUCACUCGCGCAGCUCAAGGACAGCAUCGACAGAAAGCUAUGUAAUUUCAGGAUAGACAGGAUUGUCAGACGCAGGGACGAUAUCAUUGUGAGAGCUCCCCUGAAUCAAGUGGACAUGACGACAGUUCUCGGGGAGUUGGGCAGUAUCGACGGCAUACAGGCGAGACCACAAAGUAGACUAUCUCCCGAGGUUCUGAUAUACAAGGAUGAAUUUGUUGGAGAGAAAGAAGAUUUAAAGGCCCAGGCAAAAAGCUUACAGAGGGAGUUAAAU